GAACGUGACGUCACGCCCCCUUGAUUUAGGCGCCUUUCCUUAACAGUCCACUUGGCCGUGGCCCCAAGCUUAAGCAGCUCUUCAUGUCUGCUCUCAAGUUUGCAGUUUCUGCGCUCAACCGAGAGAAACCUCAUUCAUCUGUCACCGAUUGGAUAGACAUUCUCACCUCGCCUUCAUAUGAUGAUGAGGCAUAUGAUGGAAUCCCAGAGCUAGUGGAUUCAAUUGCACUACAACCAACAGGGACUUCCGAAGCAUCCAGAGCAAUACGGAAGAAAUUAAAGCAUGGAGAUACGCACCAUCGGUACCGUGCACUUGUCAUACUGAAAGCACUUGUCGACAAUGGUGCUCAGAAAUUCCAAACGACGUUCGCUGACGGCAACUUGACUGACGCCAUAAAGCAUCUCGCAGCUGAUCCAAUGACGGACCAGAAAGUUAAAAAGAAGCUCAUAGAAGUCCUUGCAUCAUGGCACAAGCAGUUCAAGGAUGAUCCAUCGAUGUCUGUUGUUGCGGGUCUCUAUAGGCAGUGUCGUACCGCAGAUCGUCGCAGCCAAGGAUACUCAAAUAGUGCAGAUCCACUCAGUCAUGGGCCAUCAUCUGACUACGAAAGGAAAAUGAAAGAGAAGGAUGAGAAGGAGCUGUCGAAACAACGGGCUAAGCGUGCGAAGCAAGAAGCGAAGCAAAAGGCACGUCAAGCAGAGGAAGACGCAAGGAAGAAGGACCGGCCCCGACGAGCUCCCUUCAAUUUUGAAGUUGAGAAGCCACAAAUACUCACAACCAUCGCUAACGCAAGUCAAGCGUCCAGUAACCUUGUGAACGCCAUAAUGCUGGUGAAUGGCGAGAAGGAAAGCGUGGUCUCGAAUGAACGUGUGCAGGAGUGUCUUGGGAAGGCACGUUCUGUCCGUAAGCCUAUAGUGCGCUAUAUCCAACUCGUGGAGAACGAGGAAAUGAUCGGAGCGUUAAUCGAGACGAACGAGCGCAUUAUUACCGCCCUGCAAAUGUAUGUCAAUCUUUCAGCUCCCGAUCAGAAAACACCGUUAGAUCCUACGGCGAGCGUACAGGCCGCAAUGGCGGCGACGCACCUCACCCCGAAUAGUACAGGCGAGCUGUCGACCCAACAACGAGCAGCUGUUGAGCAAUACAAGCAACAGUUACACGAUUAUGAUGAACAAGAAAGCGGCAGGAAUUAUAUCCACGAAGAUCUUCAAGAUCUAUCCUUUGGGUCUCUGGGUAACGAAGAGGGGAAACUGCCCCCACCCAUGAGACCAACUGCACAUCGUACCAUUUCACCGGAUUCGGAGUGGGAUCAGGGGAGGGGAAGUCUCUCUGAUUUCAGCGACUACGAGAGCGAGGAAGAGGAACGACCGAGAUACGACGCACACCCACAUGCGACGUCUUCAAGCUCGCGACAGUCAGAAAGAAUCGUGGAUGACGAGGACCCAUUCGCAGACCCGUUUGCGGAUUGAUAUUGAGGUAUAUCUAGAGGAGUGAUCGAUGUGCUGUAGGCAAUAUAUCUUAUGUACAUGUAGUCAAUGUCUCGGCCGUCUUGUGCUAACAGGUCCAGCAGGAUCUCGCUGGAAAUAUAUGAGGAUAC